AUGCCCCCGAAGAGAAGGUCACGUGGGCAUCACAAAAAAAAAUGUGACAGCGGUGACACCCCUGAUACCAUCAUCCAAAAAUCUGAUGAAACAAAUAGGAAUAAAUUUACUCCACAACCAGACUCAGCAGCCCCUGUUGUUACUACCACGACUGAUCCACCGAAGUCACCAGCUGCAGCGUCUUAUGAAGAGCGAAAACAACCCAAGCAACAACAAGAUAAGGGUGGUAGGGGUCGUGAAUCUCAACAUCGCAAUCGCAAUCGCAAUCGGCGUGGCAAACAGGCAAAAGACGACCGAUCGAAGGAAACUUUCCCUGCCGUAAUUCCUCAGGUGGAGGGCUUUAAGCCACCUGAUGAGCGCGAAGAUUGCGAACAACGAACCGCUAGCAACAGUUCUACGGGAUACAAAGCAAACAGGGGUCGUUUGACCACAGGUAUGUCAGGCUACAUCAUGACGCUGAAGCAGCUUCAUGAUUACUUUCGAGUGGAUGCCAGUCGUGUCGUGGAGGAGGCUACAUCGUUGUUGGAUGACAAGAGUGAAACCGACGCCAGGAGCGCCACUACCACACAGUCGGCUCCGAGAACGCCAUCGCCUAAACCUCUCAGUCGGCCAGAAAGUGCCACAGGAACCUUGUCAACGCAUCUCGUGCUGCUUGUGGUAACGCGCCUCAGUCUGUUGCUUUCCACUGAAGCGCGGCGCCCGCGGCGCAGCACAGAGGCGGACGGCACCCCUGCCGAGCGAAGGGCAGUUCCCACGUCCGUUCUCCGAGAGAUUACCCUCUUAUGCAAGCUUAUCGCCUGGUACUGCCUUAGUACCUCCCCGGAUGAUGAUGCGUCGGUGCCAGGCAAGGCGGGCUCUCGCGGUCCGAGCGGUCGUACGACGCCGGGAGCCACCUCUGCACGUCCUCAGGGAAGUGCGCGUCCUCAGCACCCUUCUCCAUCCUUUUCGUCGACUCCGCGGUCGACAAACACCAGCUUUCAGGCCGGCAGCCACGAGGCGCAUGACUUACAGGGCUGGCUUGGAAGCCGUAUGUCGGUUGAUCAGGCGGCCGUCGUAGCCUUGCCGGACUCUCAACUUUCUGAGCAACUCAUGCGGCCCGUUGUCGAGGCGGUCUCGCGAUUCUCCGUGUACGGUAUCGACCCCUCCGAUGUGUUUGUCAAGGAGGGGUCUCACGAUGGUAUCGCUAAGGAGGUGUCGUCGUCAUUUUUAGCGCGAGGGCAGUCGUCGUGGUUUUUGGCGCGAGGGCACGCUAACCUCCCCACGGAUCCAAUAAAGGCCGAGGAAACGAUAGCGGUGACGGAGCUGCGCGUGAGCGUGCUCGCGGCGUUGUGUGCCGUGCUCAAUCGUUUUCCCGAUACGGACUUCAACUCGGCCGCUUUUUUGCCGUUACUGUUUCCUAACGAAGACGCCUGCGCCGGCCCCCACGUGCGCCAUCCGCUCCUAACUCCAAUUGUCUGGGAUCCCUCGCCGACCUCGCGCAGCGUGGCGGUGCUGGCGCUGACCGCCUUGCUCUACAAACUUCAGAGCAACCUCCAAUUCGCGGAGGAGCCCAAGUCCAAGCAUCAGUCCUUCGUCUCCUUGGCUACACAGGGAGGUACCGCGCUGUUGACCAUUCACGAUGUGGUAUAUUGGGUUAUCAAGCACGGCGGCGAGGAGUGCCUCAUGGCUGGCGGCCGAUUUGCCUUAAAUCAGGAGGGUCGUCGUGGUGGAGCCGAUCCGUCCGAUCCACCUGCGAAGAAGCCUUCGCUACCCUGCGCGUAUAAUGACGCGACGCUGUGGUUUAACGUCUUCUCCGCCUUGUCGGUCGUCACGCCCUACCGCCGUUGCCCGCAUUCGUUGCAGGUGAUGCUGGAGACGCUCGACUCCCCCAUUCUGCGGCAGCACCUACGUGAUGAGGGCGGGCUACCCUUCAUCGCAGCCACGGGCUUUCUCGCGAACGUUUUCAAGAAUGAGUCCCUCCGGGUCCAUGUUUCGGAGCACCUCUACGGGAUUCGCCCCUCAAUACCCUUGGGGGGGAGCCCAGAAAAGGGGGGGGAACACGGAAAGAACGUCGAUGACGGCUCCUAUCGCGGGGUUUUCCUCAUCAACGACCUGCUGGUGCAUGCUAAGGAGCGCGUUGAGGUGUGGCGUUGUCUAGUCCACAUCGCACGCUUCUACCCGAAGCUGAUUCAGCAGCACUUUGAGUCUUUGAUUCAAGCCUCCUGCGAUACCGUGGCUGCUCUGCUGCAGCAGGAGGCGGCGACCUUGAACUUCCGUCAAGGGUCGGGGACGACGCCAACCCCUCAAGGUGGCAGGGUGGGGGGAGGCCAGGCCGCGACGGCGGAGCAAACGGCGUUGAAUCGCGAUCUCAUGGCAUCCUCGGCGGCGAGCACCUCGCCUAAAAGAGACCGUGGGCGAGGGGGCUCUUCGGCCGUGGCGGCAGCGGGCUCUGCCUCGCCGGAGGCCUUUGUGGAGUGCCUGCGGGCCUGGACGCACUUCAUAGGGUACAUCUGGAAGGCCUUCGAUAACAACCCGGGCGACCCUGCACUGAAAAAUGAGACCCCCGAGGGCCGCGCGACGCUGUGUCAGAAGAACGCCGUCCUCCACCAGCUCAUCCUCCCCGCGAUGAGGCUGGAGACGAGCGAGGAGGUGCGCGUCGUAACGCUGCGAUGCCUCGCUCAGAUCGGGGAGGAUUGCCUGGCGAGCGACGAGGUGAGCCCCGCGCAGCGCGAGGAGAUCGUCCGCUACGCCCUCACGGCCGCGCAGCACUGGAGCUCUCUGGUGCGUGCGGAGUCGCUGAUGACGCUGGGGGUGUGGGUGUGGCAGUACCCGGUGCUCGAUCCCUACAACCCGGCGUUUUUGGCGACCGCCCUCUCCGCACUGACGCACGAUUCGGACGGCAUCGUCCGCAGCAAGGCAGCCUUCGCGGUGUCGAAUCUGACCUCGCGGCUGUGGGAGCCGGAGAAUCCGAUCCGGGAGUCCGUGGAGCACAUCGAUCAGCUAUUCUUUGCUGCUAUGAGGGCCGUGACGGAUCCAAACACCGCCGUGCAGGGCCACGGCAUUCGCAUGAUCAACAAUCUCUUGCAGGUUUUGACCUUCGAAGAGCUCAUCGCGGACUUGCCAGACCUGAACGGGGGAGUGGAGGAGUGUGUGGCGGAGGGCUUUUUGCGCACCCUGCUGACCUUCCUCUCCCAGAGCUCACGCGACGCGAAGCAUCGGUGGAAUGCUGCCUACGCUCUGGGCACGGGCUUCUCACGGACGGUGCUUUUUGAAGCGGAGCUCAACUACACCCUGACCGCUAUUGAUUCACUCAUGACAGUGGUGGUACGGGAUAGCGUAUUCAAGGUUCGAUCGCAGGCUGCCCACGCCUUAGGAAAAAUUGCACCCGAGUGCUUCCGUGGACAGUACUGUCCUCCCGAUCUCGCGCCGCGUAUCACGCGGACCUUAUGCGUCGCGCUCAUGUCUGCUAAGACGACGGAGAACUUCCUACAGUUUAGGGAACAGGCGACACUCCAGGCCGCGCUAGUGGAGGCGCUGCGGGGGAUGAUUGCAAAGGCUUUGCCCAGCCCAGAAUUGGACAAGGUUCUUGUGGAGUAUCAUCAGAUCUUGGUUAGCGAGGGGAUCGAAUAA